UAAUCGAAUGCAGUUCUAAGAAUCCCCCUACCAUUUCCUGAUCGUUCUAUAUUGCGCUUAUCAGUUUAGUCAAUCGCCAUGCUAAAGCGAAAAUUAAACCAGCAAAAGGAAAAUCUUGAGGAUGAGGAGCCCAAAAAGUCCUUUCCGAAUAAGGAAACUACAAUAUCUGAUUUCUUUAUCGAGCCCCUGUGGUCUAAGUUCUAUAAAACCGAAGAAAAGUUGAACGAGAUUCUGGACAAACUAACCCCACCCCCGAACAUUUCGCACAUCUAUAACCCCAUAGUGUAUGCAUCUCAACUGCACUGUGAUUAUCUGCGUCGUUAUAUGCAAGGUCCCAAACCGCUGGUUUUUAUUGGAAUGAAUCCGGGACCCAAUGGAAUGGCUCAAACAGGGAUACCCUUUGGCAACGUGCGCACAGUAAAAGUUUUGAUGCAACUUUCAGGAUCUGUAGACAAACCUCCGGUCGAACAUCCCAAACGUCCUGUUUUGGGAUUGGAUUGCAGGAUCGAGGAGCGCAGUGGUGUUCGUCUGUGGGAGUUAUUUCUGCGACUAGCAGGCAACAUGAAUAUCUUCUCCCAGCAAUGCUUUGUGCAUAAUUUCUGCCCUCUGGCAUUUUUUAGCGAAGAUGGAAAAAACUUAACGCCCAGUGAACUGAAAGGACCUUACAAAAGGCAGCUGCGGGACUUUUGUUUGAAAACAUUCGAUGAGCAAUUGAUUCUGUUGAAGCCACAAGUGAUUGUGGCUGUUGGGGAAUAUGUUCACACAGCACUAAAAGGUUCCAGCUACUGCAAAUCGGAAUCCGUUUCUGUCCUUCGGCUGCCGCAUCCAAGUCCUCGAUCUGUUAAAAAUAACGAUUGGCCGGAAAAGGCAGAGACUUUUCUCAAGGACAACAACCUAAUUCGCUUUAUGCGAAAUGAGGCUUAA